GACAUAUAGGAAAUUAAGGAAAAUAAAACAACUUUCAUUUCACACGGUUACUUUUGAGCUCUGUUUCGACGAUCAAAUAUCCAAAAUUUCUCUGUUUGUCUUCGGAUCCCUCUUUCUACAUCUCAACAUCUCCAAUAACCAGUUUGGGAAAAGAGAAAAAAAAGAGAGAUCUUUAAUCUAUCUCAUGAGAUUUCAUUGAAGAAAUAAAAGUACCCAGAAAAAGAAAAAAAAAACGAUAUGUAUAGCAAUUUCAAAGAACAAGCGAUAGAGUAUGUGAAGCAAGCGGUACAAGAAGAUAAUGCAGGGAACUACAGCAAAGCCUUUCCUUUAUACAUGAACGCACUUGAGUAUUUCAAGACCCAUUUGAAAUACGAGAAGAACCCCAAAAUUAGGGAAGCUAUUACCCAGAAAUUCACCGAGUAUUUACGCCGUGCCGAGGAGAUCCGUGCCGUUCUCGAUGAAGGAGGGCCUGGGCCGGCUUCUAAUGGGGAUGCUGCUGUUGCCACCCGCCCCAAAAGUAAGCCCAAGAGUGGUGGUGGAGAAGGCGGUGAUGGGGAGGAUCCAGAGCAGGCUAAGUUGAGAGCUGGGCUUAAUUCGGCUAUUAUUAGAGAAAAGCCUAACGUUAAGUGGAAUGAUGUGGCUGGUUUAGAAAGUGCUAAGCAGGCUUUGCAAGAAGCUGUUAUUUUGCCUGUCAAGUUUCCUCAGUUUUUUACUGGAAAGAGAAGGCCAUGGAGAGCUUUUCUGUUGUAUGGGCCACCUGGGACUGGGAAGUCAUACUUGGCCAAGGCUGUUGCAACUGAAGCUGACUCUACAUUUUUUAGUGUUUCUUCCUCAGACCUUGUAUCAAAGUGGAUGGGGGAAAGUGAAAAGCUGGUCUCGAACCUUUUCGAGAUGGCGCGUGAUAGUGCUCCUUCCAUCAUAUUCAUUGAUGAAAUAGAUUCCUUGUGCGGCCAGCGUGGAGAGGGCAAUGAGAGUGAAGCUUCAAGACGUAUCAAAACUGAACUUCUUGUGCAGAUGCAGGGUGUUGGACAUAAUGAUCAGAAAGUCCUAGUUCUUGCGGCAACAAAUACUCCCUAUGCUCUUGAUCAGGCCAUCCGCCGGCGUUUUGAUAAGCGCAUUUACAUUCCUCUCCCAGACGUGAAGGCUCGGCAACAUAUGUUCAAAGUGCACCUAGGUGAUACUCCUCACAACUUGACUGAAAGUGAUUUUGAAAACUUGGCUCGCCGGACAGAGGGGUUUUCAGGGUCAGACAUAUCUGUUUGUGUUAAGGAUGUUCUUUUUGAACCUGUUCGUAAAACCCAAGAUGCCAUGUUUUUCUUCAAGACACCUAAUAAUAUGUGGAUGCCAUGUGGACCAAAGCAACCAGGUGCUGUCCAAAUUACUAUGCAGGAAUUGGCAGCCAAAGGACUUGCAGCACAGAUCCUUCCACCACCUAUUUCAAGAUCAGAUUUCGAUAAGGUGCUUGCAAGACAGAGGCCAACAGUGAGCAAAGCUGAUCUUGAGGUCCAUGAAAGAUUUACGAAGGAGUUUGGAGAGGAAGGUUGAUGGAUUGGAUGAAAUUGUCACAUUGAUAUACUCUUGUUGUGAGGUGCUAUCACUGUGAUUUGUAUUUUAUUCAUAACCAGCUUGUCAUCCAAUGAAAUGUGGGUUUAGCUUAAUCAAGUGGGGAAGGUGGCUUGACUUCCCAUUUCCUGUAUUCAGAAUGGAAUUGCAUUUUUUUUUUAUCCUUUUACAGUGUAAAGAAGAUAACCAAGUAAUUUGGCAUAUAAUGUUUGAAUAUGAGUUGUGCCCUUUUAUGCCUA